AAAAUCCCGUAUGAGACAUUAACCCUCUAUAAAAACAUCGCUACAAACAAGUGUAAAACAAACCACCAUCUUCGGUUCUCUAUACAUCUCUUUGAGUUUUCUUUGGCUGCAAUAUCAAUGGCUAAUCAUAUAGAUGUGAUUACAAAUAUCAUGAAUGUGAUAGUGCCUCCGCUUAUGCUCAUUGUUCUCCUUCUUGUUUAUCCACUUUAUCUUAUUUACAAGUUCAUCAACUUCAUAACAAGGCUCCUAACCAGUGAAAAUGUUGCUGGAAAAGUAGUGCUCGUCACUGGUGCAGCUGCAGGGAUCGGAGAGCAAAUCUCUUAUGAAUAUGCAAGAAGAAGAGCUCGGUUGGUGUUGGUGGACGUAAGAGGGGAUCAUCUAGGAAGGGUUGUGGAAAAUGUUAGAAGCUUUGGAUCUCCGGAUGUUAUUGCCAUUACAGCUGAUGUUUCCAAGGAAGAAGAUUGCAAGAAAUUUGUUGAUGAAGCAAUCAAGCAUUUUCAUCGAUUGGAUCACUUGGUUAAUAAUGCUGGCCUUGCAAGAGUAAAAUUGUUUGAGGAAAUCCAAAACUUCUCUGAUUUCUCUUAUCUUCUGGACGUGAACUUGUGGGGAGUGGCAUAUGGCACAUAUUACGCCAUUCCACACCUAAGAAAAACUAAAGGGAAGAUCAUUGUCAUGGCUUCCUCCGUUGGAUGGUAUCCUUUCCCACGCUUCAGUUUUUACAAUGCAAGCAAGGCAGCAUUGAUCACCUUCUACGAGACGUUGAGAACCGAGAUUGGCAAUUCCAACAUUGGCAUAACAAUUGUGACCCCGGGAUUGGUCAAGUCGGCUUUGUCACAAAACGAACCUGCAAAGGGACCAAAUUGAAUAGGUGAAGAACUGUGAAGGACUAAAUUAUAAUUUUAUCAAAUUAUGUGAUGAUUUUAAAAUAUCAUAAAGGAUAAAAUGGUCAAUUAGAAAGAAAGAGAACUCUAGAAGACAAUGAUGAUGUUGGAGAUAUUUUGAAGAUAUUUUAUAAUUAUUUAAUAAGAUAAAUAUUAUUUUAUUAAUAUUUUAAUUAGAUAUUUUAUUAUAAAUAGCUAGUAUAAAAUGAGAGAAAGAUGAAGAAGGAAAAAAAAAAAAAGAUCCUCUCAUCUUUUCAACGUGAGUAAAGGGGAGAGAAGAAGAAAACUUUGUUGUCAUUAUAAUUUGGUUCUUUUAUAAAAAAUUUAUCAUUUUCACCUAGAAUUUCAAGGAAUUUUCAUAAUCACGAAGAGAGAAAAGUGAUAAGGAGACUAUGGAGAACAAGAAAAUUACAUUGGAUUUAAGAAAAUGAAAGUUGGGGGAGAGAGAAAAUUAAGUUAAAGUUUGAAAUUAAUAGGAUAAGGUAAGAACAUCAAGAUUUCAAUAUAUUUUUAAGUUUGAUAUUAUUGAAAAAAAGUAUGAAAAUGAUGUUAUAUUAGUGAAGGGAAAUAAGAGGAAGUGAUGGGAAAUACUGUAGAGAAAGGAAAGGAGAGUGUUAUAAACUUGGUUAUCAACAUUGUCUCACAAGAGAUAAUUACUU